GGGGUGCUUUCCCGGGAGGGAGUGGGGGGCUGAGCCUGGGAAGUUAAAGAGCGAGUGAUGGGUGCGACGUGGAGCCGCGGGUCGGAGGAAAAUCGGGGCCGGACUCGGCGCCCCUCCCCACCUCUUGAUUCUUUCUCCCUCCUCGUGGGAGCGUCUUGCCGAGUCCGGACCCAGGAAGCACGUGCUUUUCUAGACUAUUUAGGGGAGCUAGGUUUAGAUCUGAGAAAAUUCCCGCUUUGCCUGCUGUCUUCUGUGGUCUCCAGCCAAAGCGCGCCAGUUCGGCAGCUUUGUGUAGAAAUGCGCCAUGGUGGGCCUGCUUCCGAGCACAACUUAAGAGCUUUACAGGGGUGCUAACAUCGGUGUUGCUUCGUGAAGAUGUCAUUCUCGUGGGGGGGCUUUGUGUUUCAAUUCUGAUUCCUGAAUGUGGGAUUCUGUCAAAAGAACUGAAAAACCUAGUCAUGGAAACUGGACCCUAUUACUUUGUGAAGAACUUACCUCUUCAUGAGUUAAUUACACACGAAUUCAUCAACACCUUUGUGAAGAAAGGUUCGUGCUGUGCACUAACAUACAAUACAAAUAUCGAUGAAGAUAAUACUGUGGCCCUGCUGCCAGACGGGAAAUUAAUUUUAUCACUGGAUAAAGAUACUUAUGAAGAAACUGGUCUUCAAGGUCGUCCAUCUCAGUACUCCGGCAGAAAAAUCAUGAAAUUUAUUGUUUCCAUUGAUUUGAUGGAUUUAUCCUUUAACCCGAAUUCUAAGAAGUAUGAAAGAAUAUCUUGGUCCUUCAAAGAAAAGAAGCCAUUGAAAUUUGAUUUUCUUUUGGCUUGGCAUCAUACAGGUGCGGAAGAAUCCACAAUGAUGUCAUACUUUUCCAAUUACCAAAUUCAGGAGCACCAGCCAAAAAUAGCCCUGAGCACAGUGACAGAGCUGCAGUGCCCGGUGCUGCAAAGCAGCGCCCUCCGGGGGGCGCCAGAGGCGGCCUGCAGCGCUCCCGAGCUUCUGGACUGGCUGGGCGCCGUCUUCAGCCACGCGGAACUAAAUAAUGAGCCUAAUAACUUCAUAUCAACCUAUUGCUGUCCUCAGCCAAGCACAGUGUUGGCCAAAGCUUAUUUGUGUACAAUCACUGGUUUCAUACUUCCAGAGAAGAUCUGUCUCCUCUUGGAACAGCUGUGUCGCUACUUUGAUGAGCCCAAGUUAGCUCCUUGGGUUACGUUGUCAGUACAAGGCUUUGCAGACAGUCCUGUUUCGUGGAGAGAAAAUGAACAUGGUUUUCGAAAAGGAGGAGAACAUUUAUACAACUUCGUGAUUUUUAAUAAUCAGGAUUAUUGGCUUCAGAUGGCUGUUGGGGCAAAUGAUGACUGUCCACCAUAAAAAAUACAAAAUUUAAAAUCAUGUUUGUUUAUGUUCAUGCUUUCUUUCAGAUUUUGUUAAUGGUAAAGGACUGUGUGUUCACUCAGGUUUGUAUGAUGAUGGCAUUUUUUUAGAUCAGCAUCCAUUAGCAUUCUUGACUUAGGGCCCAUCCUGUGAGUGUAGCUGGGACUGACAUCCAAUGAAUAGCUCAUAGUUGAUUACCCUGGUCAGUCUCAUUGUAAGUACAGAGGUGUGGGUACUGCAUGGCAGAGUGGACUAGGAUGGCCAGGGAACAGGUGUUCUUAGACCAUUGGGUAAGAUGUGUCCUGUUACUCGGGUGUAUGAUUACAACUUUUUCACAUAAUAAAAAUAAGUCCUUAUCUCAUACUUCUCAGAGCCAGCCCUGCUUUAAGUACUGAUUGUAUUUUACCUCAUUUCUUUCUUUUUUUUUUUUAAAGAUUUUAUUUAUUUAUUUAAUUGACAGAGAGAGAGAGAGACAGCAUGAGGGGGAACACAAGUAGGGGGAGUGGGAGAGGGAGAAGCAGGCUUCCGGCUGAGCAGGGAGCCUGAUGCAGGGCUCAAUCCCAGGACCCCAGGAUUAUGACCUGAGCCGAACGCAGUCGCUUAACCAACUGAGCCACCCAGGCGCCCCUACCUCAUUUAUUUCUUGCAUCGACAGCACAGAGUAUAAAUGAGCUACCAGGGUCACGCUGCUUGUGAGUCUGAGACCUGACCUCAGGCCAGCUGGUUCCUAAGUGUGUGUUCUCACUCUUGCCUCUGGAUCAAGAGAGGGGUAUUUGGAUACUGUAUAUGGUAAAGAACAAGUUGAAAGAAUUUUUUCCGCUAGCAUUAUGGCUGAUAAGGACCAGCUGAGAACCACUAAAACUUCUGGAAUAUAUAUCAAUAGCCAUUUUUAAAAAUGGAUCAGUGAGCUAUAAAAUAAGUCUCAAAAAAUUUUAAAUGGAAGUAGAAGCACAAAGAGGUAAUUAGGACACUGGGGCCACUUUUUGCCCUUAGGGACAUUUGCCAAAUACCUAAUUAAACUUUGAUUUUUAUCAUCUGGGGUGGGAAAGGGGCAGUAGCAUAGCAGACAAAGCUUAGGGCCUGCCCAAAGUGGGAGGGAUAAUAGGAGAUCUCAUGAAGUUGAGACCCCAAAAAGAUAGACUUACUGAGGGUGAACAAUGAACAAAUCUGCCUGCCUCCUCCCUCUCCAAUCUCCCCUUGUCCUCCCCUACUCCCCCCAGAUAGCAAGGAAGAUUGCCUAUCCUGAGAGAACACAUCUCCAUCUUCCCUGAGAAGGAAUAUAUGUAUAUAUAUGUGUGUGUGUAUGUAUGUGUGUGUGUAUAUAUAUAUGUAUAUAUUGCCACAAGCAGCCUUGAAGCUGGUUUGUUUGAACAAUCUGGGUAGUCUAAAAGUCUCACACCAGAAAUUUAAAGUGAUACCAGUUUUUAGUGCCCUCCAGGUGACUGACAGAAGCAAAACUUAGUGUCUUUGGAGGAACUCAGAAACAGUUUCAAGGAUAUAAGUUAAAAAAUCACAAACACAUAAGAUAGACAAGAACUAGCAGAAACAGACAGAAGAAGCAGGUCUACAAAGACUUAAGCUAUUAAGAUUCACCAGACAUAAUAUAAAAUAUAUUUUAUAUUUAAAGAAAUAGGGGAGAUUAAAGAGCAUGAUUGUAAACAUGGUCAAGUAGAUUGGGAAAAGUACCAAAUGGAAAUCUAGGAAUAAGGAACACAUAAUUGAGAGUUCAAUGGAUUAACUAACAUAACAGCAGAGUAGGUACCACUGAUAAAAGAAUAAUAGGAAGAAGUAAGGAUGUUUUCAGACUUGCAAAAGACUAUCACCAGCAGAUAACACAUUACAACAAAAAUUACAGGGUGUUCUUCAGGCAGAAGGAAAAUGACACCAGAUGGAAAUCUAGAUCUACACAAAGGGAUGGAGAGCACUGGGAAUGACCUAUCCAUAGGUCAUUUAACCAUAUGGUCAACCUAUCCAUAUCAAUAGUCCUAUUAAAUGUAAACAGUCUAAAUGCUCCAAUUAAAAGGCAGAGAUUGUCAGAUUGGAUUUAAAAAAAUGCUGCCUUCAAGAAAUGUACUUUAAAGAUACAAGUAGGGUAAAAGUAAAAGGAUAGAAAAAGAUACCCCAAGCUAGCACUAGUCAAAAGAAUGCUGGAAUGUGUAUAUUAAUAACAGAUUUUAGAGCAAGGAAUAUUAACAGGGAUUAAAGCUUAUGUCAUACUGAUAAUGGGUCUGUUAAUGAAUGUAACUGACAGCAAUCCUAAGUGAUAGCAAAAGCUGGUCACACUGCAAGGAAAAAAUGGACAAAUACACAAUUAUCAACGAUUCUGGUAUCCACUUUCUAAAACCGAUGGAGCAAGUUGGCAGAACAAAAAUGUAGUCUAUUUGAACAAUGAUAACAGCCGAUUUGACCUGGUUGAUAUUUAUAGAACAUUCCACCUACCACAGCAGAACAUGAGAGUGUACAUGGGAUAUUUAUGAAGAUAGACCACAUUAUGGCCCAUUAAAAAAGUCUCAAAUUUGAAAGUAUCAUACUAAGUAUAUUCUCUGGCCACAGAGGAAUUAUGUUAGAAAUCAAUAACAGAAAGAUCCUUGACAAUCCUCAAAUAUUUGGAAACUAACAAGUCAAAGAGAUCUAAAGAGAAAUUGGAAAGUUAUUUGAAGUGAAUAAGAAAUUAUGGGUUGCCACUAAAGCAGUACUUGGAAACUUAUAGUAUUAAAUACCUGUAUUAGGGAGGAAGAAAGGUCUCAAAUCAGUGACCUGAGUUUCCACUUUAAGAAACUAGAAAAAGAAGGGCACCUGGGUGGCUCAGUCGUUAAGCGUCUGCCUUCGGCUCAGGUCAUGAUCCCAGGGUCCUGGGAUCGAGUCCCACAUCGGGCUCCCUGCUCUGCAGGAAGCCUGCUUCUCCCUCUCCCACUCCCCCUGCUUGUGUUCCUGCUCUCGCUAUGUCUCUCUCUGUCAAAAAAAAUAAAUAAAAUCUUAAAAAAAAAAAAAAAAAAAA